UUUGUGAUGUGAGUGUUGUAGGUAGAGGAACAGGAAGUGAAGUGUGUGUGUGUGUGUGUGUGUGUGUGUGUGUGUGUGUGUGUGUGUGUGUGUGUGUGUGUGUGUGUGUGUGUGUGUGUGUGUACACAGGCAUGGCGGAGCAGGCAGAAGAAGGCACCGUGUCUCUGGUGGAUGUUCUGGAGGAAGAUGAGGAGCUGGAGCAGGAAGCAUCAGCGGUGCUCGGUGCCAGUGAUUCAGAGAAAUGUUCCUACCCGGAGGGAUACGUGAAGCGACAGGCUCUGUAUGCAUGCAACACAUGUACACCGAAGGGAGGAGAACCUGCAGGAAUCUGCCUGGCCUGUUCAUACAAGUGCCAUGAAGGUCAUGAAUUAUUUGAGCUCUAUACCAAACGGAAUUUCCGGUGCGAUUGUGGAAAUGACAGGUUUGGAGAGAUGGAAUGCAAGUUAUUCUCAGAGAAAGAGAAGGUCAAUUCAGAAAACAAAUACAGUCACAAUUUCUUCGGCCUGUAUUGCACCUGUGAGAGACCGUAUCCAGACCCAGAGGAUAAGGUUCCAGAUGAAAUGAUCCAGUGCGUCGUCUGUGAGGACUGGUUCCACGGCCGGCACUUGGGAUGUGUGGUGCCUGAGUGCGUGGAGCUUCAGGAGAUGAUUUGCGAGUCUUGUGUGAAUAAAUCACCUUUCCUCUGGACCUAUGCUGCCCACCUCGCUGUGCCUCCCACAAUAAAAGUGUGUAAAGAAGAGGAUGACAGAGAGGCGAAAGUAGAAGUGGAGCAUGAUGAUGAUGAUGAUGAUGAGAAACAGUCUGAUUCAAAACCUCCCAAGAGCCCAGUGCAUGAAAAGCAGGUGGAGGUGAAUGGAACAGCAGGGUGUAAGAGAAAGCAGCAGGACCUGGACGUGUCUGCGGCCGAGAGCUCACACUGCAGGUUCGAGAAGAUUAAAUCCUCAGAGCAGAGGCGAGUCCAGCAGGGUGCCGUGUUCUGGCCUCCCGCGUGGCGCAGCAAACUUUGUUCCUGCCCCGACUGUAAGACUCUGUUUGCUGACUCUGGGGUGUCAUUUCUUCUGGAUGAGACCGACACUGUCCUCGCCUACGAGAACAAGGGCAAAACCUCGGAGCAGUCGAACGGCGCCGAGGGUCGCGACCCGUUGAUGUCGGCUCUGGACAACCUGAAUCGAGUUCAGCAGCUGGAGAUCAUUCAUGAGUAUAACGACAUGAAGACAGAGUUGAAGGAUUACUUACAGAGGUUUGCAGCAGAGGGGAAGGUCGUGACCCCAGAAGACAUCCGCAACUUCUUCGAACAGCAGCAGACUCGAAAGAGACGACGAGCCGACGCCGGUCAGUACUACUGCAGCUGAGCUCUCUUUAAUCCACCCUGCACUAAAGCCUGUCAGCUACGUUUAGUCUGACAUCUCCUGCAUCUCCCCACUGUGCUCGCUUUCAAUAAACACGCAGCCGUGCGUUACGAAGCCACGACGGCCGGCUGAUUAACUGAAUCCAUACGCCUCAUUAGUUCGCUGUUCCCAAAGUCUUUUAACAUGUUAUUUUAUUACUUUUUGUAUUAUAAUUUCAGCAGAUUAAAGAUCAGAGACGUUUUAGUGGAUGAGCAUUUCCCGGGACGUUUUUGUAUCCGUCAAUGAGAAAACAACUCUUUGGUGAAAUCUGUAGUUAAACCAUGUGUCUGGCAGUCGGGGAUUUUCUAGGUCAGUGUGACCAUGUUUUAAAACAUCUGGUCACAUCAGGAAAAAUGACCUCUGCCCACAAAAGCCUGCAGCAGGCCAGUUAGAAUCACUGGUGCUCAAAAUCGUGUCAGUAUUUCAGGGCCACAGGGCGGCAAUUAUAUAAAAAUAUUCAAUGUAUUCAAUGGGUCCUUUCUGUGUGGAGUUUGCAUGUUCUCCCCGUGUCCACGUGGGUUUCCUCCCACAGUCCAAAAACAUGCAGCCAGGCUAACUGGAGACACUGAAUUGUCCUAUAGGUACCUGGCCGCUAGCAGUGUCGGUCCCAAGCCCGGAUAAAUAGGGAGGGUCGUGUCUGGAAGGGCCAAAUGAAUAACGCUGACGACCCCUAACGGGAGCAGCCGAGGGGGAUAGAUUCAAUGUGUAUUUAAUAAACCGUGCUUACACAAUUUACAACAGAUUUAGCCCACAGGUAUCGUUUAGUUUCGUACGUUGGAAGACCACUGUGUGUUUGUAUUCCUUGGUGCUGGUUUUGGACAUGCCUUCACGAAUCAAUGCCUGCACUCUGGCUAAAUUCUGACAUUUCUUCCCUAGAACUGGACGAUAUGAUAACAUAGACUGUCUGAUAGGGAUGUAACGAUACACUCUACCCAUGAUGCGAUGCGAUUCACGAUACGAUUCUUUCCUGAUUUUUUUAAAAAAUUCCUUUUAUUAUUUCUGUUAAAUAAAAUAAAAUAAAAUACCGUAUUUGUACUUAUCUUUUAUUUAUCUAAAUAAUGAAUGCCCUUUUAUUUCUGAGGUAGGUACAAACUAUGCAAAACAAUUUUGAAUUAAGCCCAACUUGGCUGAAAAACCCCGAAUUUGGCAACCAGGCGUAUAGCGCCAGCGACGUCAUCAAGGCGAGGCGUAUAGCGCCAGCGCCCUCUGCUGUUUGAAGUGAAUAUCGAUUUUCUUAUACAUGUGAAAUCAAUUUGAAUCGUGGAAUUUUUUAAUCGGUUAUUAACUGUCUUGCGGUGAAUCGUUACAUCCCUACUGUCUGAUGAUAGAAAAGUGUUCACUCAUAGAGAUGGACGCAUCGGCACAGCAAAACAGUGUUGAUGAUCUUAAACCUUUUAAAACAUGGCAUGUGAGAGGGAGGUUUUUGUCCAAGCUGAACUCGCAAUUGAACUGAAGUGCAUCAGAUAUGUGGUCAAAAACCCAACACUGACCAGGAAACUUUUUGAGUAGUACGACCUUUGAGACUCGGCCCUUCAGCUCGCGGCCAGCUUCUCUCUUCCCUUUAGCACUAGAAUGUACUGCAGCGAGUUUAGAAUAAUAACACCACAUAAUUCUUCACAUCGUUUUCACCAAGUAUUAAAGUCUUCUCAGUAAUCUCCGAUAAUGACGAUGACAAUAAAAGCAUUCAGAAGUACUAAACUGGGGUGGUGCACAUUCAAACUCGCGAGUUGGCAUCACAGCAGAGUUGCCUACCUGGCCUGGCAUCUACGUAAACACGGUCGUAUUCGACGCAACGGUUUGUAUUUGAGUGAGGGAAGGUCGGACUGGGUCUCUUCCCACUGCCUCUGUGAUACGCGAUCUCGAUACGCUGAAGAACUGGCAGGUGAUCAGAAGCGGCUGCAGAUUGGACACGUGUCGGAGCGGGCUUGUGCAGAUCCGGCUCUCCUCGACUAGGGGUUGUGCAAAUGGCAGCGGAUUCACAGUUAGGAAUUGGAAAUGACUAGAUUGGGAGAUAAAGUGGAGAAAAUCCAGAAAGACUGGAGAUUAGGAUGGGAAAAAAAACAGUAAGAAUUUGACUCAUAAAAUGUCCUUGUGAACCUGGACCUGAUCCUUCCUCAUUUCUAUAGAAUAAUAGAACAUACUGAAGUACCACAGCGGUUCUGAGCACCAGUGACCUUUCUCAGAGGUUUUGUCUUGUAGGAGCUUCGAGCGCUCGUCUUGAUUCUUGAAGGUUGAUUGAUGCAGUUUGCACAUUAGCACGUUUAGAAACCCCAACCAAACAACAGCUUAUCGAUGGAUUAGAAACACGUUUAUGCUCACUUAUAAAGGUACACACUUUUAUUAAGCUGGUUUUGCCGCCUGCAUUCGUUCCAUGUUAACGAUCACGUUACAUGCCGACCAUGUACCGAAGGUUUUGACUAAGACAUGAUUUUAUCCUUUUAUCUGUUUACUUUGUAGUUUUUUUUCCUGUGUUACUUUGUAAAUGUAUCUUUAAGAAAUAAACAGAAAUACUUUCAAA